AUGGCGAACCCGCUUCCGCCCCUCCCGUUUAACCCGGCACGAUUUCUUUGGGUGUUGGAGAUCCAGACGAUAUGGAAUGUGGUACAAUGGGGAGCACUCAUACCCAGCGAGACUAGACUGGCAUCGAUGUACCGUCUUAAUACUUAUCCAAUCAUUCAUAAUGGAUUGUUCCAUACGUUCUGGAAUAUUUUGGCUCUAACACCACUUUUGGAGAGAUUUGAGGCGGAACAUGGGACACUUACAUCUGUAGCAUUGUUUAUUGGACCAUUUUCAACUCUGCCUGCAGGGCUAUACCUGCUCGUCGAGAAGGUUAUCUUAAGGGGCAACACUCCUGUGCUGGGCUCCAGUGUCUGGAUAUUCUUGCUUCUGGGAGUUGAGGCAAUAAAAACAUUCCAAACAAACCCUCAUUUUGUUUUGGGAUCGUACAGAAUACCAACAUGGACAACGCCAUUGUUAAUAGUCCUUGUGGUAUUUGCCCUGAUUCCCAACACCAGUUUCUUGGGUCACCUUUGUGGUGUCGCUAUUGGCUAUCUUUUCGGACUGGGGUACCUGAAAUUCCUCGUCCCUCCCGAGAAAAUUCUUCGCUGGAUCGAAGGGAAACUGAACCUUCUCGGAAGACUGCCUCACUACGUAUCGGUUGAUCAGAAAACAUAUGGAAGAUAUGGACUCUUGCCCACGAGGAACCCUACGACAAACGAAGAUAUUGUGGGAAUGUCCAUUCCACUGGGGUCUACACAGCGGUUGGCGAAUUUAAUCUUCAGGCUGCGCCGUGAUCCACGCCUGUUGUAUAAGUUCCCGUCGUACCUAUCCGUCUUCUUUGUCAUUGUCGGGGUUGUCUGGCUUCUUCUCCUCCCACUCAACGAGUUCUCCCGCAAAACAUACAUCUCCGAAAACGCGCUGUUACCGGGACAGGUACACACGUAUUUUACGGGGAGCGAACAGAAUGUGUUUCGAGGAUUCAGGCGGGAACUUGAUAUGGUGAAGGAUGUGGAGUACGAGGUGAUUUCGCAAAAGAUCCAGUCAAUAUUUCGAGAAUCCGGUCUGAAAGUCGCGACUCAAAACUAUGAAUACCGAUCAGCUGGGAACACACAUGCCGGGCAAAAUGUCUACGGAGUUAUCCAUGCUCCACGGGGAGAUGGCACAGAAGCUAUAGUUCUAGUCACUUCAUGGAAGACUACUGACGACAAGCUCAACCUCAAUGGCGUGGCUUUGGCCUUAACUCUAGCUAGAUAUUUCAAACGAUGGUCACUAUGGUCCAAAGAUAUCAUCUUUCUAAUCACUCCAGACAGCAAAUCCGGUGUGCAGGCAUGGGUUGAUGCCUACCAUGACAUGCACCCCACUUCAGUUCAACCCCUUCCCCUGAAGAGCGGUGCCUUGCAGGGAGCUUUAGUGUUCGAAUACCCCUUCGAUCACGCAUUUGAAUCUAUCCACAUCAUGUACGAUGGAGUCAAUGGGCAACUACCAAACCUAGAUCUUUUCAACACUGCUGUUGUAGUAUCCACCGAACAGAUGGGUAUUCCGGCACACUUACAGCAAAUGUUCGAGCACGAUGACAGCUACAAAACGCGCCUGCAGACCAUGCUUCGAGGUAUGGUGAACCAAGGGCUGGGGAGUGCAGCAGGCCCCCAUAGUAGCUUUAUACCCUACCACAUUGAUGCAAUUACGCUCCAAGCAGUCGGUCACGGGUGGCAGGAUGAGAUGGCUCUAGGUAGGACGGUGGAAAGUCUUGUGCGCAGCUUAAAUAACCUCCUGGAACAUUUCCAUCAGAGUUUUUUCUUCUAUAUUCUAAUGCAGACGCACCGAUUCGUCAGCAUUGGGACGUAUCUUCCCAGUGCCAUGUUGAUCGCCGGGAACUUCACCAUUAUGGCCGUUGCUUUGUGGAUGAAGAGUGGAGUGCGGGCUCCUGCAAGCGACAAUGAAGAUUCAGCUGUUCCCGAGAAAGCAAGAGUGAGUGGAGGGAAGGAUGCUACUAUCACAGGUGCUACAGGCGCCGGACAGGAGGGCAAUGGCAUUAUGGAGCGACAUUUGGCGUUGCCGCUGGCCUUAAUGUUCGGGUUACACCUACUUGGUGUCAUACCGCUCUAUUCUUUCAACAAUAUCUUCCAUCAAUACUUCGAACGAGCUACCUAUCUUCUAGCCUUCAUAAACAUUUUCCUUCCCAUAGUCCUCGCCGCCGUCUUAACCCGCUUCUUUUCCCCAACUGCCCAACAGUUCCUGCUCAUAAAAUCCUUUUCCCUCCUCCUCCUAGGCCUCUUCCUCUCCGCCCUUGCAACGCUAAACUUCUCCCUAUCUUUCAUGAUCGGCCUCUUAUGCACUCCCCUAUCUCUCAUCGGACAUAUCCAAAAGCAACCUACCCAAAACGCAGCGCAUUCCCAAUCGUCAAACUCGACCAACAAAGCUCAAAAAGCAACCCCUUCCUCAACAUCAGUCGCCACUAUCCUCCUAUCAGUGGUAGGGCUUAUCCUCAUGAAUCUAGUUUCCCCAACUACAGUUCUGCUGGCCGCUUGUAGGUACUGGCAAAUUCCAGUGUCAACUUUACUCACCGAGGCGGCGUUCGGAUGGAAUGAACAAUCCCGUUUCAAGGGUGGAUUCGGGAGCGAAAAGGAACUCUCCAGUGCGAGAAAGACACGAGCUAUCACAAAAUGGUAA